GACGGGACACUUCAACAACAACAGUUAGCCACCUCGCCGAAAUGUUCAAGGUCUUUAUAAUGUUUCGGUGUAUAUUAGCCAUUGAGUUUUAAACACACGUCUACCAGUUUAAUUUUAUAUUUACGUUGUUGGCUAGCUAGCUGGUUAAAUUAGCCUAUCACUAGUCUAAUCGCUAAUGCUAACUAGCUAAUUAGCUCACUAAGAUACUGCCCCCAUACUAAAGAAGAGAUCUGGUGGACGGAGAAAGAAACUCUCGUGAAAGAGGAGAAGGAAGAGGAUGAUGUUGCAGUUAAAAAAGAAAUAGAGGGCAAGGCUGUUACUGUGAAAGAAGAAGAGAUGGACGUUAGAGUGAAUGAAGACAAAGGAGAGUUCAGAGUGAAAGAGGAGGGAGAUGUUACCAAAGAGUUUUAUGUCUGUGAUGUAAAAAAAGAGGAGGAAGAGGAGGAGGAUGCAGUUUUUGGAGUGGAGGGAGAGAUAACUGUCACAUUGGAAGAAGAAGAAGAAGAGACAGGAGAUCUGAUUAACAACAGAGAAAGACCACACUCUCACAACGGGAAGAGCCCAUCAGGGGAACCAGACCCAGAGAUGCCCAAUCCAGCCAGACGACACCACUGCUCCCAGUGUGGAAAGCAUUUUACCAAGUUACAGAACCUAAAACAGCAUGAGAGGACACACAAAGGAGAAAAGCCUUUUCAAUGCUUCCAGUGUGAAAAAGGAUUUUCAUGUUCACAGGAUUUUAAAAAGCACGAGAGGACACACGCAGGAGAAAAGCCCUUCCAAUGCUCCCAGUGUGGAAAGGGUUUUACCCAGUUAGGUAACCUAAAAGUUCAUGGGAGGACACACUCAGGAGAAAAGCCUUUCCAAUGUUCCCAGUGUGGAAAGAGUUUUACUGUGUUAGGGAGCCUAAAAGAGCACAAGAGAAUACACACCGGAGAGAAGCCCUACCAAUGCUCCCACUGUGGAAAGAGUUUUAGGGGGUUAGGGAACCCGAAAAAACAUGAGAGGACACACACCGGAGAAAAGCCUUACUAAUGUUCUCAAUGUGGAAAGAGUUUUAACCAGUUAAGCACCUGAAAUCACAUGAAAUAAAACAUUUAGGAGAGAAGCCUUUCCACUGCUCUCAUUGCGUAAAGACAUUUUAGUUCCAGGGCUAUGAUUUCCGCAUAUUUACAAUUUCGGACAUUUGGCCUCUAGACUUGCCUGUAACUUGGAGAAGGGUGGAGCUUUUGGUUCCGGUUCCAAUCCCAGUUCUAUCUCGUCUCUUAGCACGUAUGGAUCCAGAACUUCAUCAAGUGUUACCAACCCAGUAACUAACCCACGGAUGUUGUUGCACUCACUUUGUGUAGGGGUGCUAAGCCUAGUUACAUGGUCUGUAACCUGAAUGAAUGUAUGCAUUUAUGUGACAAAUCAGUUCAUGGACCUAGGUGUUGAAUUCCCAGGGAGACGGCAACGUUACCUUGAUCCAGGGCCAGCUCGCUUGACCUCUUGGUCGGCCAAUCCAAGCGGACUAUUAUUUGUUUAGAUGGUGACGAAACAUAAAUAUGCUGACCAAAAUCAUCAUCAGUAAAGUCUUCACCACCAUCAACCUCACAUUACCAUCAUCAUCCCCAUGUUAUGACAACCAAGGACAAUGAUAGCAGUUCCAGUUCAGACUAGCCUACCUCCUCCUCUUCCCUGUAUUCAAAGGGCAAUGGCCGUAAGGUUAAAGAAGUGUUUGUACCAGUUGGUCUGGACAGUGGGAAGUCCAUCCUGUCUGACUGUGCCCACCCUUUACACCAGGGGUUCAGCAUAGCCGGUUGUUCUUAGCAUAGCACCCCGUUUAUUGCAAAAUGUGAUUUCCCAGUAAAGUUAUUUUGAGAUCUGGCCAUUCGGUAGCAAUUACGAGAUGAUAAUCUAUUAUUCUUUGAAUGACAAUAUUAUAAUUUACCAAU